AUGUCUGGUAGCCACAUACAAACCAUAUUUGGAUCAAGGACGUUCGAGAUAAUUUCUAAUUUUAUUCUUGAAGAACAAACUGGUUCUUACAAAACCACCUACCAUCCUUACAAAAUAUGUUUUCUGCCUUUCACCGGUGUUAGGCCAGCUCGGGAACUUCCAGAAUCUGUAUGCGAGGUGCAACCAGAGAAGUUCGCUGAUCUGCUUGAUCGAUCAAUAGAUCCGGAUUACUUAUUCGAUGUUAUUGGCCAAGUUGUUAAAAUCAAUAACGUUGAUCACGUUAAUAUUAAUGGCAAGGAGACCAAGAUUUUGUUCGUAGAGUUUUGUAACGCAGAGGAGGUAAACGAAACCAUCGAGCUGUGUGGUGGACAUUCUACCGUAUGUCUUUUCAGAUACAUGAAACUAAUAGUAAUGAAAGAUAUUUCUAUAAUAAGCAACACCCACCAUGUCAGCAGCUUUACUUUUAAUCCUCCACUUGCUGGAGUCCAUGGGUUGCUUUCCAGAUAUGACAUACCAUUGGCCAUUAUAGAAUCCAAGUUUCUACCACAGGUUUAUUAUUUUCGAAAGGAAGGUAUUUCUGUUAGCAAUACCCCAAGAAAGACAAUUGCUGAUAUAUUAUCCUCUGCAAAGACCACCCCUUCAUACUAUUGUCACCACUGCGACACUUACAAUACAAAGGCAGUGCCAAGGUACAAGUUGCAUUUAGUUGUGCUUGAUGAUACAAGCGAGACAAAGUUUGUGGUAUUUCAUAACCAUGUAAUGCAGCUACUAAAUCUACCAUGCUGGGAGAUACCUGUACCAUCAGACAAAUUUGAGAUUCACGAAAUAGACGAAGUCCCUAUUGCUCUCAAUAACAUUAUUGGGGAAACUUACCAGUUCAAGAUUGCAAUUGAAAGGGGAAACUUUAAAUCAUCCUCUCAAACGUUCAGAGUUCUGAAGAUAAUCACAGAAAGCUAUGGUGAUGAUGAAACUCGGAAUACACCACAACCGAUAGAAUCCGAUUCCUCAGAAAGUGGUGAUGAUAUUUGGGAUUGCUCCAGCAAUGAAGGUGAUGGGUUUCAAUCUGAUUCUGAAGACGAUGUAGGUGAUCGAACUGAAUCAUUAAGACGUUAUCAAUACACAACACUGGUGUAUGAUUCAUUAGCAAAGAUAUUUGGUGGUUUACAAAAUAAAUGUCAGAAAGAGCUCCCCGGGCCGUCGGUUUUAACUAAAAUAGAGGAAGACUACAAGGAUGAUGGAGAUAUGACAUAUGAAUAUCCUAGAUGUGGAGCUUUAUUUUGGUACAAUGAGAGAAUUGAAAACUCCGUGAAUGAGGGUCAAGGUCCUAGAGUUUUUAAACUUCAUGGAGAGAAUUAUCACAUGAUUGGCAGCGUGAAGCCUAAAGGAAAUGACACUGCGAAAUUUUCUCAGCUUUAUAUUCAUGAUACUGAGAACGAAGUCCAGAACCGUCUCACUGCAUUAAGUGGGAAUUCAUGGAGAAAUAAAAUUCGAGAGGAUUUGGUCGAGGGUUUGAUGGAAAUGUUUAGGAUAUCUAAUGUGCAUGUGAAGAGUUUCAGGAGUGUGAAAGACAGAUUUAAUGAUGAAGAGUCCUCGGAAGAGUUAUCAUUAGUCUUGAUUAACACUCGACUUAAAGAUGGCCGUGUAUACAAUCUACCAACCUCUAAAGAAGUUGCUGCUCUGGUAGUUGGUGAUGCGCACGAAAACAUUGACAAGAGAGAUAUCAUUCUCGAGAAGAACAAUGGAAAGUUAAAGAGAAUCAGCGAGCUGCAUCCAUCGUAUCUCCCUUUACAAUAUCCUCUGCAUUUUCCAUAUGGAAAAGAUGGAUUUCGAUUGGGUAUCCAAAAUGGUUUCACCGGCAUCAAUAAAAAGAAGAAACCCAAUAUCAGUAUGAGGGAGUAUUUUUGCUUUCGAAUUCAAGUUCGUAACAUUGGUUCUCAGGUCCUACUUCUCUCUAGACGUUUACUACUACAAUUCUUGGUGGAUGCUUACACAAUGAUUGAAUCACAUCGUCUCCGGUACAUUUGCAAGAACCAAUCCAAUUUGAGGACUGUGAAGUUUAGUAAAUUCGUGGAUGCUGCCAAUAAUGAUAAUACUACUGUCGCUAUUGAAGGCAACCGUAUUAUCAUUCCAUCAUCCUUCACCGGAGGUCCAAGGCUAUUCAAAAUCAAGCUUGAUAAGUUGAUGGAAGAUCUAACCAAGAAACAUAUACUUGGUAAAACAGUUGCAGCAAUUUAUACGGCUGAGUUUCAAAAAAGAGGACUUCCACACUCUCACAUUUUAUUGUUUAUGGACUGCCAAGAUAAAUUGCCUAAUGCUGAUGAUAUCGACCGUAUCAUAUCGGCGGAAAUUCCAGAUAGGUUUGAAGAACCCAAGUUGUAUGAAGUGGUGAAGGACAUGAUGAUUCAAGGCCCAUGUGGGGUUGUUAAUAGAAUUUCUCCAUGUAUGCAGGAUGGCAAAUGUUCUAAAUUUUUUCCGAGGAAGCAUGUUGACAAAACAACAGUUGAUGCACAAGGUUAUCCUGUAUACAGAAGGCGAGACAAUGGUAAUUUCGUUGAGAAGAAAGGGGUUCAAUGUGACAACCGUUUUGUUGUCCCAUAUAACAAAAAACUACUUCUUGGAUACAAUGCUCACAUCAAUGUUGAGUGGUGCAAUCAGUCCCGUUCAAUUAAGUACUUAUUUAAGUACAUAAACAAAGGACAAGACCGUGUCACUGGUACUGUCACUGCCAAAAAAAAAGGAGAGACUCCUGGAGCCGAAGCUAAUGAAAGGAGUGCUCCACCAGAUGGAAUUGACAUCAAUGGGGCAGAUGCUGUAGAACCAGAAGUGGAUGAGAUUAAAAAAUAUUUUGAAGCAAGAUAUAUAUCGGCCUGUGAAUCGACUUGGAGAAUUUUAUCAUUCCCUACACAAUAUAGAUCCACACCAGUUGAGAAACUAACGUUUCAUCUAGAAGGAGAGCAACCUGUGACUUACAAAGAAGGUGACACGGUCAAGAGUGUGUUGAGUCGAGUUCGCUUAUCUAAGACCAUGUUCCUAGCUUGGUUCGACUGCUGUAAAAUAUACCCUGAAGCCAGAGAGUUAACAUAUCCAGAACUUCCUACUCGAUUCGUUUACGAUGCAAAGCUGAAAGUCUGGAAUCCUAGAAAAAGAGGGUUUGCUAUCGGUAGAGUGGAGUUGGUUUCUCCUUUAUCUGGACCACGCUAUUACUUACGAGUCUUGCUUAACAAGGUUAAGGGUCCACGUUGUUACGACGACAUUAAAACUGUGGAAGGACGUGUUCAACAGAGCUUCGAGGAAGCAUGUUAUGAACUUGGUCUCCUAGAUGAUGAUAAAGAAUAUAUUGAAGGUCUUAAGGAAUGUGCUUUUUGGGCAUCUGGUACAUAUGUUCGCAAUCUAUUUGCCAAUAUGUUGGUAUCUGGGAGUUUGUCUUUUCCCAAAUUGGUCUGGGAUUCUACAUUUGAUAUACUCCCGGAGGAUGUCCUUUAUCUUGAACGGAAAAAGCAUCGAAACCCUGCUCUUAUAUUAAGCCCAAAAGAAGUUCUAAAUGCGACAUUGAUAUUGAUAGAUAUUCUUUUGCGCCGUAAGAAUAGUUCCCUUGCAAAUUUUGAUACGUUGCCAAAACCGUUUGUUACUGAGCACACGUUCCAAGAUAAUCCGUUACUGCAAGAUGAGCUGAACUAUUCCCGAGACGAAUUGCGAGCUAAUCAUCAUGAAUGGAUGGGUAAGACAACAGAUGAGCAAAGGUCAGUUUAUGAGCAGAUAAUUGGAGCAGGAAAGAGUAAGAAAGGAGGGGUCUUCUUUGUGUACGGUUUUGGUGGUACAUGA